AUGAAGCUGUCCAACAGCUCAAAGGUACCUGUAUACACCGUAUCCGGUUCUUCAACUGCACGCCCACUGCCCGAAUGGCUUUCACAGCAGAGAAAGCGGAGCCUGAAAAGAGACCCUGAAUAUGCGAACAGAGUCGAGCUACUACAGGACUUCGAGUUCGAAGAGGCUAGCCAGUGCGUGCGAGUCAGCGAUGAUGGCCAGUGGGUGAUGAGCACGGGGACUUAUAAGCCUCAGAUUCAUACACAUUACCUCCCAAACUUAUCGUUAUCCUGGGCGCGACACACAGAUACUUUGAAUAAGACAUUCUUAAUUCUGUCGCCCGAUUACUCGAAGACAGCACACUUGCAAGAAGACAGGUCAAUAGAGUUGCACACACCUCAAGGAUGUCACUGUACUCUCCGCACACCCAGAUAUGGACGCGAUCUUGUCUACAGCAAAGCAUCUGCCGAACUUCUCGUCCCGGCAGUUGGGGUCAACGCCAAUGGCUUAGGAGAAGUCUUCCGGAUAAACCUUGAACAAGGGAGAUUCAUGCGAGAAUAUGAGGUAGAUGUGGGUGGCGAUGACCUCACUUCUUCUGGCGCGGGAGCGCUUCAGGGCGGCAUCAAUGCAGGCAGUGUAAACACUGCCGCCAUUGCGGAAGAAAGCCACAAUUUGCUGGCUUUUGGAACCUCAAUAGGAACUGUAGAGUUUUGGGAUUCGCGAUCACGCAAUCGAGCCGCUGUUCUUGGAGUGCCUCACGAACAGGAAUCUGCAGGAGCACGACCAGAGGUUACUGCACUGGAUUUUCACAGGUCAGGUAUCACCACAGCAGUCGGAACUUCUUCUGGAAUGGUCUAUCUGUACGAUCUUCGUUCGCCUUUGCCACUACUGCGAAAAGACCAUGGAUAUGGCUAUCCCGUGCAGACGCUGAAAUUCUUGACUCCCUCUACCAGGAGUCGGAUACAGACGGACGAGCCGAAGAUUCUCUCUUCCGACAAACGCAUCCUCAAGCUCUGGGAUGAGAGAAAUGGCGAAGCUUGGACCUCUGUGGAACCAGCAGUAGAUAUCAACUGCGUGGCUUGGUGCAAAGACAGCGGAAUGUUCUUGACGGCCAAUGAAGGAAGACAGCAACACGCUUUCUUCAUUCCUCAAUUAGGUCCCGCACCGAAGUGGUGUUCAUUCCUAGAUAGCAUCGUGGAAGAAAUGGCAGAAGAUCCUAAUGAUCCGAAUGCGUACUCAGGUCGUCAAGUCGGAGAAGUUUACGAUAAUUUCAAGUUCCUCACGAUGGCACAAUUACGCACACUCAAUUUGGAUCACCUAGUCGGCAAGACAAAUCUGCUGAGACCCUAUAUGCAUGGCUACUUUGUGGCUCAAAGAUUAUACGAAGAAGCAAGAUUGAUAGCCAAUCCUUCCAGUUGGGAGGAAGAGCGGGCCAAGCGAGUCAAGGAAAAAAUCGAUAAAGAGAGAGAGAGUAGAAUCAGAGGAAAGAGGCUGGUUGCAACCAAGGUCAAUAGAAAGAUGGCAGAGAAGAUUCUUGAGCGUGAAGAGAAGAACGAGAGACGCCGCGCCCAGAGAGUGCUUGCUAAUGGGGGCGAUGAAAAGGUUGAAACCAACGGCACCACCGAAGACUUUGAUAAGGAAGCGAAGGGUCUCCUUGCUGAUCCACGAUUUACCCGUCUGUUCCAGGACGAAGAAUUCAGUAUCGAUGAGAAAUCUCGCGAAUUUCAGUCCUUGAAUCCAAGCUCAAGGCCAACCCCUUCAUCAAACCUAGAUCGUGAAAAGCCUCUGACCGCUGUUGAAGAGGAGAUGAUUGAUGAAGUUCCUGGAUCGAGCUCUGAUGAAGAUGGUUCCGAUGAUGCUCAGAAGACCGCCGUGCAGGAUGAUCGGAUAUCCUCAACAAACUACAAACGAAGGCCGCAAUCAAGAAAGCCCAAAGCGAAGAUGAUACAAAUGCGUGUCACGUCCUCUUCCGAGAGCAAGCUUGUCAAAGACAGGUCUUUCGGCACACGAGUCUCAAAUAUGAAGCCACGGGACAAGGUACGCGCUGGAGCAGGUGCAGUUGGUGAGAAGAUACUGUCCUUCGAGCCUCAAUCUGGACGGCACAACAAAAAGCCCAGGUUUGACCAGAAUAUCUCUGGUGAAAGCCGUUCCGUCAAAGACCGGCGAAGUGCUUCAGGCAACACUUUUCGGCGGCUGUAUUGA